AUGGCGUCGAAUCUCCUGAAAGCACUUAUCCGAUCGCAGAUUCUUCCAUCUUCGAGGAGGAACUUUAGUGUUGCUGCCACUCAAAUCGGCAUUCCUACAGACGAUCUAGUCGGCAAUCACACCGCCAAAUGGAUGCAGGAUAGAAGCAAGAAGUCUCCAAUGGAACUGAUCAAUGAGGUUCCUCCUAUCAAAGUUGAUGGAAGGAUUGCUGCUUGUGAAGGAGACACUAAUCCGGCCCUCGGUCAUCCAAUCGAGUUCAUAUGCCUUGACCUAGAUGAGCCAGCGAUCUGCAAGUACUGUGGCCUUCGUUACGUACAAGAUCAUCAUCACUAA